GGCGGGCGGGCGUGUCAUAAAAGCGCUCCUCCGCCUAUCCCGGCUGCAUACGCUCACCAUUUCCAAGUCCACUUCGAACUCUCUAGACGCCUCCGCGGUCCCUCUCUUCGUCGCCGCCUCGUCCCCCUCGGCUCCUCCCGAAGCGCGUCCCAUUUUGCAGCGCCGGAAUGGCGUUGCCGAACCAGCAGGUCGUGGAUUACCCCAGCUUCAAGCUCGUCAUCGUUGGCGACGGUGGAACUGGUAAAACGACUUUUGUGAAAAGGCAUCUUACUGGCGAGUUUGAGAAGAAAUAUGAACCCACCAUUGGUGUUGAAGUUCACCCACUAGAUUUUAGCACUAACUGUGGCAAAAUCCGAUUCUAUUGCUGGGACACUGCUGGUCAAGAGAAGUUUGGUGGCCUCAGGGAUGGCUACUAUAUUCAUGGUCAGUGUGCCAUCAUUAUGUUUGAUGUAACAUCAAGGCUGACAUACAAGAAUGUACCAACAUGGCACAGAGACUUGUGCAGGGUGUGUGAGAACAUUCCCAUCGUCCUAUGUGGUAACAAGGUUGACGUGAAGAACAGGCAAGUUAAAGCCAAGCAGGUUACAUUCCACAGGAAGAAGAACCUGCAGUACUAUGAAAUUUCUGCCAAGAGCAAUUACAACUUUGAGAAGCCAUUCCUUUACCUUGCAAGGAAGCUGGCAGGGGAUCAAAACCUUCACUUUGUUGAGGCUGUUGCCCUGAAGCCACCAGAAGUGCAGAUUGAUAUGGCCAUGCAGCAACAGCAUGAAGCUGAGCUCGCAGCAGCAGCGGCACAACCCCUCCCUGAUGACGACGAUGACCUGAUUGAAUAGAGAUGAUCAUGCGAAUGGGAAAUGCCUUCUUUAAGAACCCGUAGGGGUUGAAAUCCUUGUUAGAGUUAGGGGUUGAAUCCUGGUUGUUCUCUUCUAUGUGUAUCUGAUGAGCUGAGAAUGAGUUAUGACAUUUUCAUCGAAUGUUGUUGCCGAAGAUGUGUUGGUGACUUAGCCAGCUCCUUUGAGUUUGUUAGUUUAAUUAACUUAGCCAGUGCUGUUGUCAUAAAUUGCUCAUGAUUUAUGCCUUUUAGUUUGUUAGUUUAAUUGCUCUUCUAAAUUGGUCAUGUGAAACUUGGUGGUUGACAACCAGAGUGACAUGGCAACUGAGAAAAUAAAGUGCGUACCCUAAACACAUUUACAUGCAGAGU